AUGGCCGAUCUCCCCCCACCCUCGACCCUCCCGUCACUGUCGCAGGAUGCCCAGCUGCGGGUCCUCGAUACGCUUUUUGAGCCGUCGCCCGAGCUGCACCGAUUGAUGAUCCCCGUGUUGGCCAACCAGUCCUUCUCCUCGUACACUUCGCUGGUCGAUGCUGUCGGCGGUCGGAUGUCUGCCCUCUGCGCCGCCAACUCCCCCACAGAUCGCGAUGUCCUCGUGGGGAUUCUGGGAUCGCAUCCUCGACUCGGCCGGGCCCCAGCCAACCCAGAGCAUCUCAGCGAGUUGAGCAAGAAGGAACAGGCGCAAUUACAGACCGGCGCCGAGGAACAGGCGGAGAAACUCCGGGAAUUAAAUGCAGAGUAUGAGGCAAAGUUCCCGGGUCUGCGCUUUGUCACAUUUGUCAAUGGCCGCAGUCGAGACGUGAUCAUGGUGGAGAUGCGCCAGCGCAUUGAGCGAGGAGAUGCGGAUCGCGAAGUUACAGAAACCAUCCAGGCCAUGUGUGAUAUCGCCAAGGACCGCGCUCGAAAAUUGCAGCCCUCGCGCAUGUAG